CCCCCCCAUUCCCCACCCCCAACACACACCAGCUCACCCCUCCCCUGAACGACAGCUGACGACGGAGAGCGAGUAGGGCCGAGUCCCCGGGCGGCCUGUCCGAGACGAGCUGUUUUCUGUGGAAACAACACGUGUUUCCUGUCAUCAUGGCAAGAGAAGGAGCAGGGUCCCCAUCAAAAUUUUCAUGCAAAAUCAUGACCUUCUACCCCACAAUGGAAGAGUUUAAGAAUUUUUCUAAGUAUAUUGCAUACAUGGAGUCUCAAGGUGCACACAGAGCAGGUCUUGCAAAGGUGAUUCCACCAAAGGAUUGGAAACCCAGAAGAAAUUACAACAACAUCGAUAACUUGAUUAUUCCUGCUCCAAUUCAGCAAAUGGUUACUGGACAGUCGGGCCUUUUUACUCAGUAUAACAUACAGCAAAAACCGUUGACAGUAAAGGAGUUCAGAAAGCUGGCUAAUAAUGAUAAAUACUGCACUCCAAGAUACCUAGAUUAUGAAGAUCUUGAACGCAAAUACUGGAAAAAUUUGACCUUUGUAGCACCAAUCUAUGGAGCAGAUGUCAGUGGUAGCCUCUAUGAUGAGGAUGUCGAUGAGUGGAAUAUUAGUCAUUUGAAUACAAUUUUAGAUGUGGUGGCAGAAGAAAGCGGGAUUGCUAUUGAAGGUGUGAACACGCCCUAUUUGUAUUUUGGUAUGUGGAAAACUACUUUUGCUUGGCACACAGAAGAUAUGGAUCUAUACAGCAUUAACUACCUACAUUUUGGAGAGCCAAAAUUUUGGUACGCAGUACCUCCAGAGCAUGGGAAAAGGCUGGAGCGACUCGCACAAGGCUUCUUUCCAAGUAGUUCACAAGGAUGUGAUGCUUUCCUACGUCACAAGAUGACCCUUAUAUCUCCAUCAAUAUUAAAGAAGUAUGGGAUUCCUUUUGACAAGGUAACACAAGAAGCAGGACAAUUCAUGAUCACUUUUCCAUAUGGCUACCAUGCUGGCUUCAACCACGGAUUCAACUGUGCUGAGUCAACAAACUUUGCCACAAUUCGAUGGCUUGAUUAUGGAAAAAUUGCUAAACAAUGCACAUGUAGGAAGGACAUGGUUAAGAUAUCCAUGGACAUCUUCGUAGAAAAAUUUCAGCCAAGUCGAUAUUCACUUUGGAAACAAGGAAAGGAUUUUCAAACCAUUGAUCACACAAAACCCACUCCAGAAUCAACUCCCGAAUUGGAGAAUUGGCAAAAGCAAAGAAAAGUAACUCAGAGGAAAUCUGGAACUUCUGUGAAAAGUGUCUAUCAGUUCAGAACUCGAUCUAAAAAGAUAAAAUGUCCAGUUGAUGAAAAUAUGUUCAGUGGUCCUGUGGCCAAAGAAACAACUGCAGCAGAGCCUCUUACAGAUGGUAUCAAUGUCGAUGAAAACUCUAAUGGACAAGUGAAGAAACAGGAGUCUGGCCAUGUUGUUAUAAUGAGUCCUGAAAAAGAAAGUUGUAAGAAAAUGCAGUUGGAUCAGACAACAUUGGAUAAAGAUCUGUCAUCAGACAAUUUCCAAGCAGAAUCAGUGUCCAGACUUGACAGCACCAAGUGUAGAAAUAAAGCUAAUGGAAAGAGGAAAGCGACUGACUGUUUUUCAUUAACACCAAUAACCAAACAUGAUACAGUUGACAUCACUUCAGAAUGUAUGGACAAUACAAAUCUUGGCCUUAAAGUCAAAUGGGAGAGCAAGUGUUCAGAGAAGUCCAAGGAGACGGAUGCAUUCGUUAGGAAGGAGCAGUUGUGUCAGAACACUUUCGAAGAUGUUGCCGCAGAAAUGCAACACAGUUACUGGAAAGGAUGUGAAACGAGUAGUGUCUCCACUGAGGAGGAAUCCAGUGAAACUGAGAGUGAAGAGAAUGGCUUGGAGCCUGGAGAAGUACCAAGUUUUCCAGAGCAGUUCACCAGAAGUGUCGGGAAAAAGAAAUCAGCCAAGUGUCGACGACAUCCAUUAUGCAAACCGCCAACUAGAUCCCCUUCAACUCUAGUCAAGGAAGAAUUGGUUAGUGAUGAAGAAUGGAUUGAUCCAACAUUAAAUGAAGAAGAUAUAAAUGAAACACAGCCUUGGGCCAAACCUCUUGUCCAUUUGUGGCAGAGUAAACUGCACAAUUUCCAAGCAGAGAAGGAAUAUAAUGAAGUUGUCUCGAAAAUGGAACCAUAUUGUGCGAUUUGUUCACUUUUCUUUCCUUAUUACCAGCCCGAUCAAUCCUUGGAAAUGAAAUCUCAAAUCGAAUCUAAUUCAGCAGAAGUGUCACCAUCCAAGCAACAUAAAUCAAAACCCCUUAUUCCGGAAAUGUGCUUUGCAUGCAGUGAAGAAAAUAAUGAAUUUUACCCUACAAAUUCAUUUAUUAAUGAAGAUGGAACUAGUUUGCUGAUAUCCUGUGCAAAGUGCAGUCUACAAGUUCAUGCAAGUUGUUAUGGUGUUCCGUUUCAUGAGAUCCAUGAUGGUUGGACUUGUUCUCGUUGUAUAAUUGGCGCAUGGUCCGCAGAUUGUUGUCUCUGCAAUUUGAGGGGUGGUGCACUUAAACAGACUACCGAUAAUAGGUGGGCUCACGUGAUGUGUGCUGUUGCAAUCCCAGAAGCAAGAUUUGUGAAUGUAGUUGACCGCAGUCCAGUGGAUGUUACCAGGAUACCUUUGCAAAGAUUGAAGCUAAAAUGUGUUUUCUGCAGGAAGAGAGUUAAGAAGACUUUGGGUGCUUGUAUUCAGUGUUCGUAUGGGCGUUGCCCAACAUCCUUCCAUGUAACCUGUGCCCAUGCAGCAGGAAUCGUAAUGGAAGCAGAUGACUGGCCAUACAUCGUCCUCAUCACAUGCUUCAGACACAAGACAAAUUCGAGAGUGAAAAACAAACCACCAUUCCAAGACUUAGCAAUUGGACAAACAGUUAUCUCGAAGCACAGGAAUGGAAGGUAUUACAGUUGUGGAGUUACCAGAGUUUCCUCACAAACUUUCUACGAGGUCAUAUUUGAUGAUGGUUCUUUUAGUGAUGAUCUGUUUCCAGAGGACAUUGCUUCGGUCCUCCUUAUCCAUGGGUUCCGCAUGCACAGAUUCAACCAACCACAGAUCAGGAAAACCCGGACGUUCUCUCUCCAGCACUCACUGUUUGAGCAUUGUUCACCUCGCAUCUUGUUCGGUCACUGCUUUGUUUCUGUAAAAAAAUGGCUCCUGAAAAGCAAUUGAGUGGUCAAAGCAAUUCCUCAAAGGCUAAGAGGGAGCGUAAAGUGCUAUCUCUGGCCAAGAAAGUAGAAAUCUUAGAUCUUUUGAAAAGUGGCAUGUCGCUUGUCGAAGUGGUCCUCAGCCCUCAACCUCCACAGAUCCUGACUUUAGUAUUAUUGAGCCUCCCCCAAAGCGUCCUUAUUCCCUAAACGGUACAGUGUAACAACUAUUUACAUAACAUUUCCAUUAUAUUAGGUAUUAUAAGUACUGUAAUUUAGAGAUGAUUAAAAAUAUUACACCUUUGAGCAUUGUUUGCCUUGUGUCUCAUUCGUUCGCUACUUGUGUUGUGAGUGAGAGGAAGGAGUUUGAGGCUAGUAAGGGAUGCUGGCUAGCUAUGUAAAGCGCUACAGCCUCAAGAACUUAAAGAUCACGGGAGAAUUGGGAUUGACUGAUGCCGAGCCAGCAUCAGCAUUCCCAAAAGAUCCACGAUGGUUGCAUCUGUACUGAACAUGUACAGACUUUUUUCUUGUCAUUUUUCCCUAAACAAUACAGUAUACCAACUAUUUACAUAGCAUUUACAUUGUAUUAGGUAUUAUAAGUAAUCUAGGGAUGACUUAAAGUAUACAGAAGGAUGUACAUUAAGUUAUAUGCAAAAACUACGCCAUUUUAUUUCAGGGACUUGAGCGUCUGCGUUUUUUGGUAUCCGUGGGUGGUCCCGGAACCUUUCUUCCGCAGACAAGGAGGGCCAACUGUAUAUAAAUUAUAAUUAUAGUAUUGCUCUGUAAAGAUAAUUUAAUAUGAUGUUAAAAUGCAACCAUAAUACACUGGGUUAUAUCAUCCUAGAAUUCUUAUUUCUGAGCUAGCAAGGGUGAGGUAUUGUGAGAGGUAUAGAUAGGGUAGAUAGGAAAAUUUUCUGUAAAGCAGAGGUAUCUAAAGUUAGAAGGCAUAGGUUAAGGCAAAGUAAGUGGUCUAGAGGGUAUCUGAGGAAUAACUUCACCUACGUGGUGGUUGGAAUCUAAAACACAGUAUGUAUGUGUGUGAUGGAACAUAAAAUAGCGCAGCACAGUACGGGCUCUUCGGUACACGGUGACCUUUGAAACCACUUCCAAGAUCACUCUAAUGUUUCUCUCCUACAUAGCUUUCAUUUUUCUUUUAACAAAGUGUCCAGGCACUCAUCAUCCAGGCAAUGGCAUCUCUUCGCUACUAUCAUUGCACAGGUGGUACAGAGACCUUAGGUCUAAUACCACCAGGUUCAGGAGCAGUUAUUACCCUACAACCAGAUGCUAAACCGGCAUGGACAACUUCAAUCAUCACUAUUAUGAAUUGAUUAUUCUACGACCUUUGGACUCAUUUUCAAAGACCAUUUACAACUUAGGUUCUCUGUUCUCAGUAUAGUUUAGUUUUGCACAGUUUGUCUUUUGCACAUUAGUUUUGACAGUCUUUGUUUAGGUAUAAUUUUUCAUAAAUUUCUAUUGUAUUUCCUUUUUCCUCUAAAUGCUUGCAAGAAAAUGAAUCUCAAGAUAAAAGUUUAGGGACUUUGAUAAUAAAUUUACUUUGAACUUUAAGCCCACCUGAACACUUUGCUGGGGUGCCUAGAUUUCCCACUGGUUGUCUGGAGUGAUCUAAAGGCAUCCAACUAAUUCAUCUUCUUUCCUGUGUUCAGUAUAUUAGGUACUGAAUGCAAUUUAAAGAAUUUAUUCUGACAAAUAUUUUAGCUUGAUCUCCUUUUAUUAAACAACUGCCUCAUUUAAACACAGGAUAUGGAAAGUGGUCUCAGAGGAGCCUAACUCAUAGAGGGAAGUUAGACAAAUGACUCCUUGACUGAUGACUUCCUGCUGGCAUUCCACCUCCAAAGGAUUAACAGAGAUUCCUAAUUCCUGAAAUAGUUUCUGCCUGAAUAUGAUGGAUACACACUUGGCAAACGUAUUUAUCAGAUGAAACCUGCAUAUUUCAUAUAACUGAACUGAGUAUUUACCUACGGUCUCUACCAAUACUCUUAGCUUUUAUCAAUGAACUUCCACUUGUCAUCAUUCAGUAAAGUACAUUUCUUCGAAUGAACUGGUCUAAAUUCACAGAUUAAUCUUGAUGUCAUGAGUGACUCCUUUUAAGGAAUUGAGCCUAUCCCAGAAUUCCAGAGAAUUUCUGUGAUAUCUUUGCCAAGGCAACUUGCUUUCUUUUUUCUUAUCUGUAGCCUCUCCCUGAGUAAUUGCCCAUCCUACAACCAUAAGUUUGAAAUUCAUGAGUUUUUGACAGAAAUGUUGGGUUUCAGAGAUAUUUUGAUGACCUUGUGCACAAAUCAUGAAAACUUAAUUUAUGGGUUUAGCAAGCCAAUUAGGAAAGUAAUUGGUGUAUUUUUGUUUGAUGGCAUCCAUUCAGGUUAUUUCGAAAUAUAUGAAAAUAGUAAAGAAGAGAAAAAUGCAGAAUAUAGUGAUACAUGUACAGAGAAAGUGAAGUAAAGGUAAACAUAUAGAAAAUAAGGGCCAUAAUGAGGUAGGCUGAAGGAUUAAUAGCUCAUCUUUGUUGUAUAAAAGGUCUGUUCAAGGAUCUUGUAAAAAUGUGUGUGAGAAGCUGUCCUCGAGCUUAGUGGUAUAUGUUCCAAGGCUUUUAAUCUUAUCUCAGAUGAUAGGGGAAAGAAGGAAGAAAUACCAGGGUGUGAGGGGUUCAUGGUUAUGGUGGCUGCUUUUCUGAAGCAACAGGAAUGUAGAUGGAGACAAUGGAGUGGAAGCUGUUUUUUAAUAAUUGCUUGUCUGUUCACAACUCUGCAAUAUCUUGUGGUCUUGCUAGAGCGGUUGCCAAACUGGAUAGGAUGUUUCUAAUGGUGCAUCUACAAAAAUUGUGAGAUCUGAUCAGGUUUAUUUAUUUUAUUUGUUUUGCAUAAAAUCUGUGAGUGAAUUUUAUUCUGUAUCUCAACUUUUUGAGUGGUGAUUAGUGAAUUUCUGUAUAUCUUAUUGCUAUAAAGCGUGAUUUACCUGUAAAUGGAUUCAGUAUGUGAAACCACUGAAACUAGCUCAUAGUUUGUAAUAUUCUAGUCAGAUACAUAAACGUGUCCGUCCACUAUGCAGCAUUAAUACUACCUUUGAUUUUGUGUCAUCAAGAAUUUUGUGAUACUCUGCAUUGACCCAAAUGACAGCUAACUUUGUGUUGCAUUGCAAGAUAUGGUCAUUGUUGUGAGUUUUCAUAAUGAAGAAACAGAUUAGACAUUAGCCAAAAGCAAAAUACUAAAUAUACUAUAAUCCAAUAUAAUAGCAGAAAUUGUCGGAAAUAUUCAGCAAAUCAUAUAUCUGUGAAGAUGAUCCAACAAGAAUUCUAUUGAGUAUUGCCAGCAUUUCUGCCUUUUUUAAGGCAUUAGCAAAGUUGAAUAGGAUGACUGACCUUUUACAAAGAUUCAGUAAGACACUGUACUUCUCAUUUCUUCACCUGAAGCUUUUAUGUAACUUCAGUUGUUGGAUUGCAUCUUUUGCCUCAGUGUUUUUAGUCUUUGCUUGAGGAUAUUUUAAGGGCUUGAAUGAAAGUGAUACUGAGGCAGAGAAAAGCUGGUAGUAUGAUAGGUUACAGUAAUAGCAUAGUCAUUAUCUUUUCAUAGGAACAAAUUGUAUGCAGAUGUUCAACAAUCAAAACUGUUGUUGGUAAAUAAUUAAUCCAUCAUUUCUGAAUAUUAGACAGUAAUGCCUCUUUCAUUGUUACCUUUAAAAUUUCACUUUAAUUCUGUGAAUCAAUGUUAAGAGUGGCAUGUUUACCUCAACAAAAGCAUGUUAUUUU